AUGGAUCGCCAGAAGAAAAGAGAGAUUCGUGAUCUGAACGAGAAAGCAUGGGGAGGCCAGACCGAUGUCUUCCCCGUGAGCCAGUCUCUGGACUCGGCACUCAAAAAGAACACUGCUUUCAUCAAACGACUCCGGACCGGUAUCAGUGCCUCCGCCCUCUCGACCUUUCUGACCGAUAUCCGCACGCUCUCGCUCCACAAAUACCUGUCCGAGAUCAUCUCCGCCUGCUAUGAGGGUCUCUGCAAGCUUAAAUCACCCGGUGAAAUCGCGGCAGGAGUGGAAAUCGUGUGCGCUUUACACCAGCGAUUCGGCCCGGCAGAGUUCACGCGACAGAUCGGAUGGCUUCUCGGACGGGGCAUGAGCUCCAUGGACAAAGCAUCGCUGAAGGCUUUGCCCCAAGAGAUGCGUGAGCGCGAGGAAAAGGAACGACUGAGCCGACAUCGCGUCCUGCUACGAGUGGUGACGGAGCUGUGGCUGGUCGGCGUCCUGAGAACACUCGAUGAUACGGAGAGACCCGAGGAUGCCAGAAAGGAUGCGACCACGGGCAAGCUGCCUGACCUGGUUCCAAUGAGAGCGACAAAGUCACCCGCAGCCCUCAAGGAGUUGGAGAAACAGGCUGAGCCAUUCCCCCUGGAAGUUCUCAAGGAUUUACUUGGACAUGACCGCGACCACACCAACCUUCCGCUCGCUGUUUUGUUUGUGAAAAGCUUCAGCUGGGACAUUCUCGGGACCAAGCUCGUGGAAGAUGGCCGAAAGACCGUGGAGGUGGACGGAGCAACGUCAAAAUUGAACGGAGGCGAAUCUGAAAAUGCAGAUGGCAACGCCGAGACGAUCACCGAAGCGGAUCCGCCAUUAGUGCCGGAAAAGACUCAGCAGCGGUUCAGGAACAUCCUGACUCGCUAUCUCGAUGAUGUCAAAGCUCAUGUGGUUCGCGACCAGAAAGCGCUCGCGUCGCAGAGUCGCCGCAAUGCCGAAGCCUACGUGAAGAGCGGCGAGAUCUUUGAAGAUCGACAGUCCAAUUUCGAGAAGCAAUCUAAAUCCCUGGAGAAGCUCGUUGCCAACACCCAGGUUCUGUGUGAGGCACUCGGUGCGGAGAUGCCCGAUCUGGCCGAAAAGGAGUCUGCAGAUGCUGGCGGUAGCGGUGGCAUUGGCUUGGUCAAAACCACAGACUAUCUCCGUGGCCAGGGUGAUGGUGCGGGUAUCUGGGAAGAUGAAGAGGAGCGGCGUUUCUAUGAAAACUUGGUUGAUCUGAAAGGCAAGGUUCCCGCUGUCCUCCUAGAAGAUGGCAAGAAAAAGAAAGGCGAAGGCGAAGAGACCGGAAAGAAGAAGUCUGAUGGCGAAGCUGAAAAGUCGGGCGAGACAUCCGAGGACCGUGCUGCUGCAGAUGCGGACGAUCAGUCGAUGGCCAUUGCCAGCAAGACUGUUGGUGCCCAGGUGGAUGCUCUUUUGAGUAAGCUACCUGAGCUGCAAACCAAAGACCAGGUCGAUCAGUUUGCCUUGGACUUUUGUUUCGUCAAUUCCAAGGCCUCUCGAAACCGACUUGUCAAAGCCGUGUCCGACAUACCCAAGGGCCGGAUCGAUCUUCUUCCGUUGUACGCUCGCUUGGUCGCCACUCUUGGGCAAUACCUACCGGAUAUCCCCCAGGGCCUGACCACCUAUCUCGAUGAAGAAUUUCGAAGUCUGCAACGGCGAAAAUCGAAGGAGUUCCUGGGGCAGGUGCGCAUGAGCAAUGUGCGAUAUUUGGCAGAAUUGACCAAAUUCGGCGUGGUCCCUGAACAUAUCAUUUUCCACUGUUUCAAAGUCUCGCUGGACGACUUUUCUCGUAUGAACAUCGAGAUCAUCGGCAAUCUGCUGGAGAACUGUGGCCGUUACUUGCUUCGCAACCCAGAAACAUCCCCGCGCAUGGCUUCGUUCUUAGAGACUUUGAGCCGAAAGAAGACCGUGCAGCAUCUUGGCCAGCAAGAGAGGAUGGUCAUCGAGAAUGCCAUCUAUUACGUUGACCCGCCUCCCCGGCCUGCGAUUCAGCAGAAAGAACGGACCCCUGUGGAACAGUACGUUCGACGGUUGAUCUACCUCGACAUGAACAAGCGAAACUACACCAAGAUUCUAAAGACCAUUCGGAAGCUGCACUGGGAAGAGCAAGAGGUGGUCGACAUCCUGGAGCGUGUCUUCAGCAAGCCAGUCAAGGUCAAGUACGGCAGCAUUCACCUUCUUGCCAUUCUGGUCAGCGCGCUCUAUCGCUAUCACCAAACAUUUGUGAUUGGCAUUGUGGAUAACGUCCUGGAGCAAAUCACACUUGGUCUUGAGCUGAAUGACUUCAAGUUCAAUCAGAAGCGCAUUGCCGAAGUCAAGUACCUCGGGGAGCUCUACAAUUACAAGAUGAUUGAUUCCCCCGUCAUCUUUGACACAUUGUACCGCAUCGUUACAUUCGGACAUGGCGGUGGCACACCCGUGCCCGGCAGGAUCAGCCCUCUCGAUAUGCCGGACGAUUUCUUCCGACUUCGCCUUGUGUGUACUCUUCUGGAUACCUGCGGUCACUGCUUUGAUCGUGGCUCUGCUAAAAAGAAGCUGGAUUUCUUCUUGACUUUCUUCCAAUACUAUCUCUUCACCAAGGAUCCCCUGCCCAUGGAUGUUGAUUUCUUGAUCCAGGACACUUAUUCCAGUUUGCGUCCUCAGUGGAAGCUGGCCACGGAUCUUGACGAGGCGACUCGCAUCUUUAGUGAGGCGAUUGCCCAGAAUUACAGUGUCCAGGACUCCGAGAGGCCCGUAGAACUUGACGAGGAGGAGGCGGAGAGUAGCUCCUCCGAUGAAGGGCUGGAGGAUGACGUCAUCCCCGAGAUUGAAGAUGAGCAGGAGUCCAGCGACGAAGCUGAGGCUUCUGGACCCAAUGUGGACGUGAACGAUGAGAGCGAUUUCGAGAAUGAACAUAUCGUUGUCACUCGUCAAGAAGAGGAGCGGGAUCCUGAAGUCGAGGCUGAAUUUGAUCGAGAAUUCGAAAAGAUGAUGGCGGAAAGCAUGGACUCGAGACGCUUUGAGCGUAAGGGUGUCUUUGAUAUUCCAUUGCCUAUGAAGCGAGUACCCCGAGAAAACCAGCCAACGGAAUCUUCGACCGAGUCGGCUACACCUGAACCUGUUCCCAACAAGACCAUGGCUUUCUCCUUGAUGACCAAGAAGGGAAAUAAGCAGCAGACACGCACCAUUGAUCUUCCUUCAGAUUCCAGCUUUGCUGUUGCUAUGCGCAGCCAGCAACAAGCUGAUCGGGAAGAACAACAGCGUAUCAAGAGCUUGGUUCUGAACUAUGAGGCUGCAAAUGAACCCGAGGAAGCUGAAACCUUUGAAAAGCGCAUCCCUGCCAACCAACGGGUCGACAAGUCUGGUGCGAAUCGAUCGGCCUUCCGAUCCCGCAAGCUUCAACUCAGCGAUGUGAAUUGGUGA